CGCCAGAGUGAAGCAGACACCCACGGACAUUCACACUUCACUCUCCAGCUGGAAUUGAAAGCACUGAGGAUGCUGUCGAAGAUACGCACUGAUUAGUAUUUUUGAAACUUACUCUCUACCGACUUCAUUGAGAUUUCAGUUAAUUUCAACUGUACAUUCUUUGAAAAAGUAGAGGUGCCUUUUUAGUUACAAAUCAGACUGAAUAACUUCUCUCACAAAGACGAAUGUCACCUUGCGAACAGGUGUCUUGUUGGAUGACGAACUACUCAUCUGUCUGGAAAAGUGUUUGAGAAGAACUACGUUUGAAUUUGAAGGUCGGAUUUUUAGAAAUGAUGGAUGACACGAAUUAACGAAGGUUUUGAAGUCAAUGAGAUGUACAAACAACUACUUAUUUCAAGGUCAUUGGAUUCUCUCUAAUGCUCUAAGCUCCGUGAGACGUGUGUCAGUACUAUCAAAUAAAGAAGAUUUCCAUGUACUAUUAUAAUCUCCUCCCCCGGAUCAUGAUGAAUCGUCUGUGAGCCUCACUGUGCAGCAGGUAGCCGAGCGAAUGCAGCAAACACACGCUUUCGCUCUUCAGUGAUGAAUGACAGCUCUCCAACAUCUGAGAACAUCAUGUUUAACCAGCUGACUGCAGAUGUUUUGAACGGUAGCUGUGACUACACCUUGCCCACGUGUAACAAUAGCACAGAUGAAGCGGCAUUGCAGCUGCCCACUUUUUCCAUGGCAGCAAAAGUGAGGGUGAUAAUUACCUUCACGCUAUGCGCAGUGUCAGCUGUGUGCAACCUCUCUGUGUUGUGGGCUGCCAGCACCAACAACAAGCGCAAAUCUCACGUAAGAAUUUUAAUCAUGAACCUCACCGUUGCUGACCUGCUGGUGACCUUCAUUGUGAUGCCAGUGGAUGCGGCUUGGAACAUCACGGUUCAGUGGUUGGCGGGGGAUCUGGCUUGCAGAUUGCUAAUGUUUCUGAAGCUCGUGGCUAUGUACUCCUGCGCGUUCGUGACUGUGGUCAUAAGCCUGGACAGGCAGUCGGCCAUUCUCAACCCUCUGGCCAUCAAUAAGGCUAAGAAGAAGAACAAAAUAAUGCUGAGCGUGGCCUGGGUGAUGAGUGUUGUUCUCUCUGUCCCUCAGAUGUUCCUGUUUCACAAUGUGACCAUCACGGUGCCAGCCAAUUUCACUCAGUGCACCACUCGAGGGAGCUUUGUCAAACACUGGCAGGAGACCAUCUACAAUAUGUUUACUUUCAUUUGCCUCUUCCUGAUACCUCUGGUGAUCAUGAUCUGCUGCUACACAAGGAUUUUGGUGGAGAUCUCUCGAAGGAUGACCAAAGGAAACAUAUCUUCAAAGGAAGUUCACUUACGACGUUCCAACAGCAACAUCCCGAAGGCCCGUAUGAGGACUUUGAAAAUGAGCAUAGUCAUAGUGACGUCUUUCAUAGUUUGCUGGACGCCGUACUACUUGCUGGGUCUCUGGUACUGGUUCCUUCCUGAGGAUUUAGAAGAGACGGUUUCUCACUCACUCACUCACAUACUGUUUAUUUUUGGACUGUUUAAUGCAAUUCUGGAUCCCAUCACGUAUGGCCUCUUCACCAUCCAUUUUCGCAAAGGACUGAAGCGCUACUGUCGCAACGCGGUCGUACUCACAGAGUCAGAGAAUAAUUCCAUCAUGACGGGCUCAUUGAAAUGCUCACCAUCCCCAUUUCGCAUGAAAAGAGUGACCCAGACGAAUCCAGGAGCUGACCCGGAGCCGAGUACGGUGGGUGGGGAAGAUAAGAAGCCAGCUGACAGUAAAAACAAGGAGUAGUGGCAACCCUACUAAUCUAGCCUUGAAAGUGUCAUUUGAUUAGAGAUACGGACGUGACAAGACAGGCCCUGGCUGUCUAGCUGCUCGCAAGAACAAUGAGACAACGCCCCACUCCUACCUGUUCUCCUCAGCGGCAUUAGACAGAUUCAGAUUAAACCCAAGUGUGUCGCAUCUUUUGAUUCAUUCACUGAUGAGCUGCCUCAAUUACUCAGUUAUAUUUAAUACCCAUCUAUUUUCUUGAUACAGGUGAUUAAGUUUUGUAAUCACUUGCUCUUUACUAAAUAUGCCAAUCAUUUGUUUUUUUCUGCAGAUUAAUUAGACCUUUCCUACUUGUGGCUUUUGUUGAAAAUGUCAUUUACAUGAAAUGUUUUUUUUUACAUCUCAUACAAAUCCAAGCAGAUCAGCAUCUCCACCUGCUAUCACAAAGGGCAUCGCUCUUGAAUUGCUGAAGAAAUUAGUUUCAUCUACAAACAAAUAAGAUGUGUGGAUUUGGUGUUUUGAGAUAUUACAAAUGCAAAUUCGUGUACACUGCUUCUUAAAUCAUUUUCUGGUGUUAAUUAGAAGCAUUCAGUUAUACCAUUUCAGGAAUCUUAACCCUGUCCCUUGAGAUAGUAUCGUUUAAUGUGUACACUUUUCAUUGGAUGGAUUCAGACACAUUAACCAGCCCCAAGAGAUGCCUGGGCUGGGAAGACUGAACUCAUAAGAAUCCAUAUUUAUGGUGUUUACACAUACAUUGUUUGUAUGUUUGUAUGUAAGCUGAAAUGUACAAUAUGGAUGUAUUGACAGUAUCUAAAAUGUGAACGUUUUUACAUAUGCACAGCAUUUUAAUUGCGAAAAUAUUUAUCAAUAUCAUUUAUCAAUACUCACAUUUUCUCCACUAUAUAUGUGUAUUUUAUGUUAACUAUGUAAUUAAUAUUCUGUUUAUUAAAGCCAAGUAUGAAUCUCAUCAGGUUAGUGUUUUUAAGCAUUUCGCAUUCAAAAAUAACUCAAGGCAGUAACAAUUUAAACUAUAUAUAUUAUUUCUGAACCAACCUUAAGCUAUUAUUUUUAAUAAUUAACCGUUUUAACUAUUUUUUAUUAUUAUUAUUUUUUGGAUCAUCAGUCAUCAAAGCUAGGUAAAUAUUGGUCACAUAGACACGGAGAUUCGCUAAGCUUAUUACUUACCUAAACCUCCCUCAGACUGUGUUUUCAUGCCAUUUAAGUCUUAUUUCAACGUAACGGUUAUAUCUAAUAAGUGUGUGAGUUGUGUACUUACUUUUUUAAAAAAUUAUUCUUCCUAUUAACGCCAUAAAAUAGUUAAUUCAGACUGAUUCAAACGUGGAACGCGCACAAAUACAAGAGGCAGGAUUUAUCGCAUGAACCAAUCACAGCCAAACAUAACCAGUCAUAUCCAAUCAUAUCACGAUAGAGGCAUCGCGUCCUGUCACGUGAAUUUCCUCCAUUCAUUUGCCCCCAACAAACUGUAUCUUUACCUGCUGGUGUCACUGGACAAUGUUUCUAUAGAAAUAGGAGCGAUUUCUAUGAUAUUUUAAUGUUUUAUGUAAUAUUGGCGUGGUUUUAUCUUUGUACUAUGAUUUUUUUUUCUCAUCCAACAUUUUGAGGAGGCACUGCCUCCCUUGCCUCCUCAGAAAUGCUGUCAAUACUUCAACAUUGUACUUUCCUCUGUUCAAACAUACAUAAAUAUACAGUAUGUGUGCUAGAACCACUCUUUACAUUAUAAAUGCCAACAAAUUUAUAAAAUAACGUUGCACUCCAACACAUACCAUUGUGUGCAAUCGCAGAAACUAUUUAGCUUUAAAAUUAUGUUUGACUGACGCAUGAGUUGCUCAUGAAUGUGUUUACAUCAUACUUCUCAGGGAAGGUGCUUCUUUUGUCACAGGGUAUUGAAGUCCAACUGGAGACUGACAAACUGUAAAGCUUUCCUCAUUUUAAUGUCAGGUGAAUACUAUCAUCUCUGUUGAUGUGACGUUACGUGCUCUGACAGUGCUUGAAACAUACCUAUAAUCAAAAGAACCAUGAUCAUUGCUGUAUGUUUGAGAGUGUAUUUCUGAGAGAGACACGUGACAUCCCCUAGAUGUGCUUCUUGUGUUUGCCGUGUCACUACAGGGUGUACUUAGGCCUUAAUGACCUAGAUUUUCAACUUCAGUAAAUGUAAUAGCCCUGCGAGAAAAUGUACCGAAGAGGAAAAUGAAAGGGGAGUGAGUCUUUUCUGUCAGUCUGUCAUUGGUGAAGGGAAUAUAUAUCUAUACUCUUGCAUACGCAUGUAUAGUAUCUGGCCAUUAAGUAAGCCACAGCUGCACUUUAAUGUUCUCAGAUGGAAACAUUAGGUACGCACUGAGGCUACAACAGUGCCUGAUGGGUUUGCAGCGGGAUUUAAAAUGUAUUUAGGUAUUGUUUGCCUGAUUUUCUCAUUCUCAUUAUAUAUAUUUGCUGAAGAGAGGGAUAUUACAUGGGGGAAAAACAUUACUGCAUCAUGAUGUGAAUAUGAUAUGGAAUUUAUAUGAACUGUUGACAUUAAUCUAAUGAAGAGAUUACAGUGUUAAAACUUAUUUAAAUGCAUGACGCCAAUGUGUUUAUGAGAAAAAGAAGAAAGGAAAAGCAGUUAUUUUCUCUUGUUGUGCAUGAUAUAUGAUGAUAUUGUAUUGUGUGUCCUUUUGUUGUCUGUUCUGGGUUAUGUGGAGAAGUAAUAAAAUAUAUUGCUUUCAUUUACAAUCUG